AAUCGCUUUUUUCUUAGAAAGUUUCGCUAGUAGUCAGUAGGCACUAGGCUGCCAUUUGCUUUGUGAUUAGUGAUUACAUUACACGUACUCUAUUUUACUUUCAUUAUUUCGUAUAAAAUAUUCUGUUUAAAAUUUAUGUAUUGUCACUGAGAAUUUGAAGUGCAGUCUUAUUCAGUAAUAUUAAAUAAAUAGGUCAUUGUGAUAUUGUGUUCCCUACUUUUCAAUAUGAAUCCAUACCAAGGCCAACCUGGUUAUCUACACAAUAUUGGAUUUAGCAACUCCGCUCCACAAUCGUUCGGAAAUCCGUCUCCAAUGCCCGGUUUCCCUACAAUGGGUUAUCCUGCGCCACAGCCAGGCUACCCUCAAUCGACACCAUAUCCAAGCCAGAGUCGUCCACAGUCGGGAUAUCCGCAACAGAAUCAAGCUUAUCCACAGCAAACUCAAAGCUACCAACAACAAAAUCAAGGCUAUCCACAACAAAAUCAAGGCUAUCCACAACAAAAUCAAGGCUAUCCACAACAAAGUCAAGGUUAUCCACAACAACAUCAAGGCUAUGCUCAACAAAGUCAGGGCUAUUCUCAGCCACAUUCUGCUCAAGGCUACCCUUCAAGCCAGUCAUACCCUGCUCAAAGUAUUCCACAAUCAGGUUAUCAGCAACCAAAUCAUGGGUUUGCUCAAUCUCAGUAUCUGGGAUAUCCACCUUCCAAUCCAAGCCGAGCCUAUACAGCAAGUUCAACUAUUAAUGAGCCAAAGUCAAAGCCAACUGUAGUUCCGGUUAAUCCCUUCGAACCAAGAGAAGAUGCUGCUGUGCUCCGAAAGGCUAUGAAAGGGUUUGGAACAGACGAAAAGGCUAUUAUCCAAGUACUGACCCGUCGGAGCAAUGAACAACGCCUCAGGAUCGCAUUUGAGUUCAAGACCCUAUAUGGAAAGGACCUCGUAUCGGACUUGAAGAGCGAAACCAGUGGCAAGUUUGAGGAUCUUCUGGUGGCGUUGAUGACGCCUCUACCGCAGUUCUACGCGAAGGAGCUGCACGACGCCACGUCGGGUAUCGGCACCGAUGAGGACGUGCUCAUCGAGGUCAUGUGCACUAUGACCAACCACGAAAUACAUGUCAUCAAGCAAGCGUACACUGCCAUUUAUGGAACCCUGCUGGAGGACGACUUACGAGGUGAUACGUCGGGCAACUUCAAACGGCUGAUGACGUCAUUGUGUAUGGGCAAUAGAGCAGAAGAUUUCCAUGUCGAUCAAGAGAGAGCGAGAGAGGAUGCACGGAGCCUGCUGCAAGCUGGCGAGCUGCGACUUGGAACAGACGAGUCGAUAUUCAAUGCUGUGCUGUGUUCCCGCUCGUUCACGCAGCUGGCUGCCAUCUUCCAGGAGUACCAAUACCUCACGGGUCACGACAUCGACGAUGCGAUCAAGGCUGAGUUCUCUGGAGACUUGGAGAAAGCUCUGCGGGCCAUCGUGAAAGUGGUACGAAACAAGCCGCUCUUCUUCGCGGAACGUCUGCACAAGUCUAUGAAGGGUCUGGGAACCAACGACAGACAGCUGAUCCGUAUCAUGGUGACCCGCUGCGAGGUGGACCUGGGUGAUAUAUCCGAGAUGUUCCAGGCCAAGUAUGGGGAGUCGCUGCAGAGCUGGAUUGAGGGUGAUUGUUCCGGACACUACAAGAAAUGCCUCCUAGGACUGCUGGGUUUAUACUAAUCCCUCUGCCUUAAAUUAUACAAUUUUAUAUCGUUCUCGUUGUCAAAUCUCAAAUUUUGUCUCACUUUUAGUUUUAAGAAAUUUUAAAAUAUACAUUUUUUGUAGAUUAGGUAACAGCAUGGUAUAAUAAUAUUCUACUCCGCCUGGUAUUGUCUUCACACGAUGGCCUAAGACUACGUUACGAUAAGUGUGAACAUUGAUUGUCCUUUUCAGUAAAUUUAAAAAAAAAAUACGGCAAAUAAAAUAAAUUACUCACUAAACUAGUUAGUAACUCAUGCUAUUCAUCUCUUUAGAUAUAAAUUAAUUAUUUAAAAAACAUAUUUUGCUCGGGUAAUUCAAUCGCACACAGUGGCAAGACAUCGCAUUGAUAAUUAUUGUCAUACUGGCAGCUCACCAUUGGUCGUGUUGCUCACAUCUAUAGCUUUGUUUCACUCGAAAAUAGUUUGUGAACAGUCAUCGCAACGGAUGACAUAUUCUCAGGACAAUUACGUGACCCGGCUGUCACGGAAGAGAAUAUCAGGCGGAGUAUAUUAUUGUACCAUGAGGUAACAGUAAGCCACAAGAAAAACAAUUGGCAUAUAAUAACCGUCCGAUUUUAAAUAUGAAAAGUAUAAAAUUACAAAUAGUUCUAUUUUUAUUAUUCUUCCAGUGAUGAGAAAUAAUUCGAUACCUGAAUUAAAAAAUGUGAAAUCGCAAUGGUUUAAAAAUAUUACCCAUAAGUACAAUGGAAUAGGGUUGAGAAUUAUUAUAAGAACGUAUAUUGAAUAUAUUUACAAAUUUAAAAUAAAAACUCAAUAUAUUUACUGUCGUGCUUAUGUGUUUAUCGAAUACUUAUUCUUCAAAUGCGGUAGAGCUAUAUUAUAUGCUUCUAAGAAAUUGACGCCGCGUUUUAUGAGCCGUUACUCACCGGCUUGGUUGCUGGGUCGAUACGAUUAUUUCUGAAAUAAUCGAUUCGAAAUAUACUAUUUCGCUUCCUGAAAGAAGUGCGAUCUGAAUAUGCUUUUUUAUAUAACGUGCCUUAAGGGCUCUCAAAUUAUCUUAUUGUUCAAAAUGAAGCCCCAUUACUAGAAAAUAAGAUACCUUGGCCGAAGUUUAACAUUUCAACAUUGAAUGUUGACUCCGUUUGAGUUAUGGUUUAUGGUUGUCAUAUGAAUUAAUUAUGACAUUGAAAAAUAUUAUUUGUAAUAUUUUUCUAUAUUUGUUAAACAUCGUCCAAUUUAUGAUAUUAAAUAUAUUAAUAUUACUCAAACGGACAACUCCACGCAGGCGACAUCUCUGCUAUAAAUGCUUAUUAUUAGUCAUUCCAAAAGACUUAAUUACAAAAAAAAAUGAUGUGGUGUCGUGGGACACCAGGUAGGAACGAAGUUCCUUCGGCUAAUGUAGAAUCGACAAAAAGAGGGAGAAAGAGAAAGGACAAAUACACUACUCGCUUGUGUAUGCGACUAUCGCGCCUGCGCACGUCUCAUUUAACGGUUUUAUUCCACGCACUUUUUUCCACGGAUUUUUUCAUACGGUUUUACUAUCACAUUUUUUUCAGUUCGGUCGCGCAGCAUAAUCCCUAUCCCCUCCAAGCCUGCCGUAAGGAACUUCGUUCCAAUAAUAUUACUGAAAUAUUAGUAGAUCAAUAAACAGAUGUGUAUGUCCAUAGCGGGUUGUAGACGCGCGCUAAACGCGCCUGCGUGGAAUUAACCUCUGUUUGAAUAAACUUUUAUAAUGAGUACUUCUGAAGUACACAAUGUUGUGUGAUAUUAGUUAUUUAUUUAUGUAUUUCUAUGCCAAUUUUUAUAUCUUUGAUAAUAUGUAUAUGUAUUUAACUGCAUACUAAAAUGAAAAGACUCAAGUAUUUAUGAUGUAAUCUCGCUUUUUACUGUACAAACCCAUCGAGUAAUUAUAGAAAUAGUUGGGAUAUUAUGAAUGUUACUGUACACUGAAAACUGAGUUGGGAAAUCAUUUUCAAUCUUCUAAAUUUUGAAUGCUGUUCGAGUUUUAAAUAUUGAUAUUUAAUUACAUCCAACAAAAUAUCUGCAAACAAAAUAAGGUUAAUUUAAUAGUUGUUCAGAUUUUUUUUAUAUUUUGCUCUCACUUUGAGUUCUUAUUUCUCUUGUUUCUAUUUAUUAGUAAUAAUUUACUCUUAUAUGUUGUACUCGAGUAUUUCUAACUGGCAAAGGCGAAUUACAGAAAAUGCAUACAAAUUUUCACUCCCACAAAAUUUAAAUAAUAGUCAGUAAUGCUUUUGGCUACCACAAUAGAAAAAGAACAUAAACUUAUUGUUGAAAUCAAAUUAAAUAUUUUUACUCUAUAUACAACUACAGUAUAACUCUGCCGCCUAUGCUCGCGAUAUAUAAAUGCUAAUGAUAUUAGCUUUUCCUUUUGAUGAUAAUUUUUAUAUUAUUAGUUUUUAUGAAUAUGUUAUGAAUACAAUUAAAAAGAAAUGAAGGUGACUAGCCUACAUACGAGUACCGACUUGCAAUAGAAUGAAUCGGAAGAAUCGCAGACGGCGCUAGUAGACGCCGUUUUCUUUCAUUACCACACCCCAAUGUUGCUCUAUCUAGUGGUUAGAGGCAUCUCUAAAAAAAACUCACUAUUAUUAUGUUGUUAUACAAAUAUGUUACCUACUAGGUAUUAAUUACGGAAAACUUAACUAUGUUCGCUUGUCUAUGCAAUGAUUAAAAAAAUCAAAUUUACAACUCAUGUUAUUGGUGCAGUAAAGUAUAAUAAAAUAAA